AUAAUCAGAUUUGCCUAAAUAAAGGUGUGAUUAUUGAUUCAGAUGGUAUGCUAUACGAAAAUGGAGAAUGUACCGACGUGCGAUUGCCGUCAAUUUUGAUCGAUAGCUUUGGAGGAAUGCUGUGUCUACCGGAUGGUGUGUUCUUUCUGGGAAAAAAGGGUAAUGGGUCGAAGCUUCUUAUACGAACCUGUUAUCUGCAAUUAUGUGAGUUAAUAGAAAGUAAUCGCAAAAACGAUGGCCCGGCCUCUAUUGGUUGUACGAUUACUGGUACACCCGUCUUGCAAUGCAACGAAACAAUUUUCUAUCAAUUCUUACCUGAUGGUAAUGUGCAAAGGGGAGAUUCUCUCCAAUUUUACGAGACGCUGAAUAAUCCUAAUAACUUCCUUCUAGUUGAUGCACAAGCUUUGACAUUUCAAUAUAAUGCCUAUAUGAUCCUGCUUACAUCACCGAAAGUAGAAAGAUUUAACGAGGCUGUUAAAUGGCCAGGUUUUACUCAAUACUUCAUGCCA